CCUGCCCCGGAAGGCGGGCGGCCGGGAUUCAGAUCCGGGUGAUAGCGGCGGGUGACCCUGAAGGAUGGGGUCGCAUCUAGGGCGGCGGUACCUGACCGAGCCGGACAUCGAGCCCGACCCCGGCAGCAUCCCCAGCUUCCCGACCGACCUGGGCUUCCCUGAGAGGCAGGAGCGCGUGAUGAUUGCGACACAGCAGGAGAUGAAUGAUGCCCAGUUGCCUCUCAGUCAGCGAGAUUACUGUGCUCAUUACCUCAUCAAGUAUAUGAAGUGUAAGCGGGACAUGUGGCCCAACUUCCUAGAGUGUAAACACGAGCGUCAUGACUGGGAUUACUGCGAGCACGAGGAUUAUGUGAUGCGUAUGAAAGAGUAUGAGAGGGAGAAGCGCCUGCUGAUGAGGAAGAAGAAAACAGAGGAGGUGCAGGCAGCAUAACAUGCUUUCCUGGACCUGUUGAGUAACCUGUGGCUCAGUCUCCCUCUGGGAACAGCAUCCCAUCUGGCCAAGAUGUCCUAGCUACAGUGUGUGAUGAAUUUAUUUUGUAUAUAAUUCUAAUAUCUCUUGAAAUCAAUAAAACAUCAAAUUAUAAACCUAA